AUGCCUAAAGUCUCCAUGGAAGGAACUUCGAAGAUUCCUUCCAUGACAUAUCUCUGCAACAUGGGCCUGAAAUACUUCGAUGCCGUCUGCAUCGUCACGGAUGGUCGUUGGUCUGAAGGGGAUGACAACCUUCUGGCAGCCAUCCACUAUGCAGGCAUUCGAUGCUUCGUUGUCCGAAGCAAAGUGGAUCUUGCCGUUGAUGCUGGAGUGGAGGACAAGGGAUGGGGCCUAGCUGAGACGCUGUUGCAUGUGGGUCAGCAGUUGCAACGGCAGACUCGGCUGAAACCACAUCGCAUCCAUCUCUUGACAUCCAGGGAUCGCUUUUGGAAGGACUUCGGCUCUGUGGACAGCUUCUGCAAACAUCUCCAAGAGGAAGUGGAAGCGUCUCUGAAGGAAGAGGUUGCGGAGCAGAUGUUUGAAGAGGCACCGCAGGAAGAUGUGAACAUGGAUGCAAUGGAUGCAAUGGAUGCAAUGGAUGACUGCAUCAUGACAUGUGAUGAUCAGGUCGAUAAGGUCGAGUGCCUUCGCCUUGACAUUGACAAUCAGUGCUUCAAACCAGUCGGCUUUGUGAAGCGGGCUGCACUGCAAGUUGCAGCGAUUUGGUAUGAUUUGGUUCCGUUGCGAAGCUUCACCUCUGCCAGAGCUGUCUUUCUUUGUAAGGAGGUGGCUCUUUGGGAGCACAGCAGUUGGGAGCUUUGCACGCUUUUCAGUGACCAUGUUGAGGAUUUGCUGUCGGUGUCAAUAUCCGCGCCAGCGAAGGUUUCCUUUAUCGAUUCUGCCGCUGUGCAUUUGAGGGGCAGCAGGGAGGUUCACCACUACCACGAGGACAAGGAAUCCAAGGAAAUGGCUCGAAAAGCCAAUGAGGAGAUGGCUGCAAUUCGCAGCCAAAUGGCAGAGCAGGAGAGGAGGAAUCAGCAGAAUCUGGAACGACAUCAAGAAGCUUUGCGCAAAGCUGAACAACUCCGUGCUGAAGAAAGAGACGCUUAUGUGCAGCGUUUGCAGGCAGAACAAGAGGAAAGGAGAAGGGAGAGCGAGAGAGCUCGUGAACAACUCGAACAACAAGAGCGUGAGGCUGAACAACGCUUGGUUGAGGAACUUCAGAGAGAACGUGACAACGUACAAAAGGCCAAGGUUGAGAAGUGGCAAAGGUUGAAGCGAGACUAUCCAAUCCCCUCCUUCCUUCAGAAGUACGUCAACGAAGUGAGUGAGGAUGCACAGGCUGAUGCUGCUCGAGACCGCUUCGUGAACGUGGCCAUGCUUGGAGAUUCGGGAACCGGAAAGAGUUCAUUGAUCAAAGUCAUCCUGAAACACUUUGGAGUCGACUUGCCUCCGGACCAGAUGCCUAAAGUCUCCAUGGAAGGAACUUCGAAGAUUCCUUCCAUGACAUAUCUCUGCAACAUGGGCCUGAAAUACUUCGAUGCCGUCUGCAUCGUCACGGAUGGUCGUUGGUCUGAAGGGGAUGACAACCUUCUGGCAGCCAUCCACUAUGCAGGCAUUCGAUGCUUCGUUGUCCGCAGCAUGAGAAAGGAUGGGACCACUCCGUGACGCUGUCGCAUGUGCAUCAGCAUUUGCAACAGCAAACUGGGCUGAGACCCUCUUGACAUCCAGGGAUCGCUUUUGGAAGGACUUUGGCUCUGAAAGAGACAACUUUUGCAGCUCCAAGAGGAAGUGAAGAACUCCCUGAACGAUGAGGUUGUGGAGAAUAUGUUGAUAAAACACCCCAAGCAGUGGAUGCAGUGGAUGCAGUGGAUGUUGAUGGCCUAGGUCACUCAGUAGGCUUGGCCACAGGGUUGCGAAGCUUCACCUCUGCCUAUGCUGUUUGAACUUCCGGUUGGACACGAUGAAAU